AUGGCGCGACUUCGUUUCUUCUGUACAAACAACACGGCAGAAUAUGAAGCUUGCAUCAUGGGUCUGAACAUGGCAAUAAACCUAAAUGUGCAUGAACUGUUGGUGAUGGGAGAUUCAGAUUUGCUUAUUCGGCAGGCUCAAGGUGAUUGGGAGACUCGAGACAUCAAGCUCAUUCCAUAUAGACAGUGUAUGGAAGAUCUUAGCAAAAAGUUCAAGUCCAUCGAGUUCAGGUACAAUCCCAGGUUUCACAAUGAAUUAGCUGAUGCCUUGGCCACCCUGGCCUCAAUGCUUCCAUAUCCAGGUAAUACUCACAUUGACCCAUUAGAAAUUCAAAUUCAGGAUCAACAUGGUUAUUUCAAUACAAUUGAAGCAGAACUAGAUGGUGAACCAUGGUACCGUGAUAUUAAACCGUAUCUGAAAACAAGAGAAUAUCUGAAACAAGCUAAUAGGGAUUAA